AUGGCGAAGGUUCACCCUCAGGGCCUAUUUUCCUCUUCCCCUACUGAAUAUUUCACUUCAAAACAAGAAACAUUCACCAUAUGGAUGAAGUCUCUCAUACUGAGCAGCAAUGGUUGCACUGUCUUCGAUUCGAACGGUCGAAUUGUGUAUCGUGUAGAUAACUAUGAUUGCAAAUGCAGAGGUAAAGUUUAUCUUAUGGAUUUGAAAGGCAAAAUCCUAUUCACCAUACUGAGAAAGAAAUUCAGAUUGCUUGGUCUUUGGGAGGGCUACAGAUCCACAGGGCAAGACAAGAACCAACCACAGCAAUACAGAAUGGAAAGCUUGACCAGCAAGUCAUCCUACAAGAUACUAGACAAGUCUGGAAGACUAGUUGCAGAGGUAAAGAGAAAGCAAUCAGCAUGUGGAGUGGUUCUUGGAGAAGAUGUUUUGACAAUGGUGGUAGAGCCCUUCGUAGAUCACAGUCUCAUCGUGGGGCUUCUUGUUGUGUAUGGUCUCAUCAACCGUAAAAUGUGAAAGUGUGGAAGUAAAUCGGCAACAAAUAUAUAUAUAUAUAUGGGAUUGUAAGUUGUAAAUUAUCCAAAUUAGUGA